GGCGAGAAGCCUCCUGUCACUGAUGAUGGGAAAACAUGUCGUCAAUAAAUUCACUUGGAUGGGGGUGGCGGACGAUAAGCUGAGCUUCAUUAAGCAUGGGCUCAAGCUUGUUCUGAUUGAGUGCCUUGUCCUCCUGUAUCCCACCGAAACUGGCCACCAGAGCCAAAUUUCCAAAUCCAUAGGCCAAUGGUUCACUCAAUUUGCAGAAGAACAAGGAACAAAGGAAAAAAGACGUAAAAGAGGAAGCAAUAAGAGCAGGAAGCACAAUAAGCUACAAAAAAGACGAAGGAGACAGUCAACUAGCAGCGCUCCCUCUACUUCAAACUGCUCUAGUGAGCAGUCCGAAGCCGUUGCAGACCUCUCGGAGGGAUCCACUCCUUAAAUGGGUGUCAGGGACUUUUUUCCUCCCGCAUCAUUUUAAUUAUUUUUGAUACUUUCUUUUUGAUACUCCUUAAAUGGGUGUCAGGGACUUUUUUCCUCCCGCAUCAUUGUAAUUAUUUUUGAUACUUUCUUUUUGAUACUCCUUAAAUGGGUGUCAGGGACUUUUUUCCUCCCGCAUCCUUUUAAUUAUUUUUGAUACUUUCUUUUUGAUACUCCUUAAAUGGGUGUCAGGGACUUUUU